UUAACGAUAGGAUGCAUGCAGCCUGAGAGGAAGUGCUGCCUGAGAGUCUGAAUUCAGGGUAUCACACAUGUCCUCUGGAGCUAACAACAGUCGCCUCGGCUUGACUGAUAACCUUAACCCAUCCUAAGAGCCACACAGAAUAAGGACAACUUCAUGACAUCGAGCCAGCUGCCGCUCAGAACACAUACGCUGACUCUAUGUCCGUAUGCGACUUUAUAUUGUUCCGUCGCUUGUUUGCUAAAUCACCCUCGCUAUCGCAGAAGCUAACUCGCUAGCACCAAGCGGCUCGGACACAUAACGUCAGCCCUCGCUCGCUCCCAGGGUCGCAUGUGAAGAACAGCGUGUUAUUCUGAACGACACACGCGGAACAGGACAGGGGGGAUGGUGCAGCCCCAGCCAGAUGGCCCGAUGCAGUGGGACAUGUCAGGCGAGGACAGUGGAGGCGCCCUCAGGGUCCCACCUGAGCUGGCUGCCAACGAAGUUGUGACCAGGUUGCUGGGCGAUAACCAGCAGCUUAGAGAGGCCCUGCGACGAAGCAACCUAGCCUUGCGCCAGCGCUGCGAGGAGAUGGAGGGGUGGCAACGAAGGACGAGAGAGGAAAGAGAAUUUCUCAGCUCUCGCUUCCAGGAGGCCAGGGCCCUGGUGGAGAGGCUGGCCCAGGAAAACCACUCCUUACAGGGCCUGGUAAAUGGACCAGCCUCGUCCUCAUCUCACUGCUCCAGCCAGACAGAAGACCUGCAGGGACGCCCGGCAAAAAACGGUCCACACGAGGGACCGCAGGUUAGCAUGACUCUAGAUCAGCGUGAGACAAAGAAAGUCAAAGAGAUGGAUCAACACACACAGACCACACCACCUCGCAGCCUGGAUGUCUCCUUGAGUAGCUACCUCCCUACUCCCCCGUCCUCAUUUUCAGAGGUACAGGGGGAGGUUAUGGGCAGGGAUAAUGGCCAGCCCGUGGAAGGUUCAAACGAGAUCCUGCAGCUCCUGAAGAGCCACAAAGAAAAGCUGGAGGAAGGCAUGAGAGAGCUGAGGAAGAAGAACGAAGAGCUCGAGUGGGACAGAGAAGAGGGAGAGAAAGAGAGGGAACGGAUGCGGCGUUGCAUUGAGCAGCUACGCACCAAACUUGCCCAGGCACAGGCAAACAGUGUUGCUGAAGAGGUUGUUCAACAUCGCUCUGAGGCACAGCACUCCUCUGACUGCUCUAGUCUGGCUAAACUCACAGAGCAGCUUCAGGCCACACAGGGCAGGUAUCGGGAGCUCGAGGAGAAGCUUGACUACCUGCAGAAGAGUUCAGCUCAGCGGGACAGAACUGAAGCUCUGCUGAAACAGAAGGACAAGGACUGUGCUCAGCUAGCCAAGGACUGUGAGGCUUUGAAAGCCCAGGCAACUUCCCUAUUAGGAGAACUGAACGAGAGACAGAGCUGUCUAGAGAAAAGCGAGCAUGAACGCAAAAUGUUGGACGAAAAGCUGUGCAGUAAACUGAAGGCCCUACAGGUGGCAGAGCGGGAGCUGGAGCAGCAGAAGAAGCAGCAUCAUGUGGCUAUGGACAAGCUUCUGCUGCAGACCCAGAGCCUGGAGCAGGCCCUGAAGACCGAGAGACAUGUGGUCACAGAGGAGAAGAAAAAACUGACACAACUGCAGCAUGCCUACACGUGCCUCUUCAGAGACUAUGAUUCUAAACUCAAGAGUGAGGGAGGAGAUCUGUGCAGCCGACUAGAGGAGGCAGAGCGAGCGCUGGCCCUGAAGCAGGAUCUCAUCGAUAAACUGAAGGAAGAGGUGGAGCAACAGAAAGGCUCACUGGAGACGGUUCCUGUCCUCACUGCUCAGGCUGAGAUCUACAAGGCAGAUUUCCUAGCAGAGCGAGAAGCAAGAGAGAAGCUGAACCAAAAGAAAGAGGAGCUGCAGGACCAACUUACUCAGGCCAUGGCUGAGAUUGACAGGCUCAAACAGGAAGCCACAUCACGCGCACGUAUGGAGCUAAUGAAGAAGCGGCAUGUGGAAGACUUUCCACCACGGGCGCCACACAUUCCUCCUCCAAAAGGGGUGUUCCCUGGUCCAGCUUUUAACACGGUACCUGCUGCCUCAUCAUUCCGUAAUCAGGGUUUGGUGCCAGUCAGUGAUCAAGGGGCAGCUGGAUCUGAGGAGCUGCCGGAUUUAUGUUGUCCCAAGUGCAAGUACCAGGCUCCAGAUAUGGACACGCUGCAGAUACACGUCAUGGACUGCAUACAGUAACAUGAGUAGACUUCAGCACACCAUGACACCAACACACACACAUUCGCAGAUAUAUAGUUCAAUAUAUUCACAUUUUUGACAUUCAGCGUGUCUGCUGCCAGCUCUGGGCGCAGCCCGGGG